AUGAAGUAUUUCACUUCCCUUACCCUAGCUGGUCUCACCGGCCUCACCCUCGCCUCAUCCUCAGCCAGCGAUCUCUCCAAAAGAGCCGAAUUCUGCGGCCAAUGGGACACUGCCACCGACGGCAAUUACAUCGUCUACAACGACCUCUGGGGCGAAUCAACAGCCACAUCCGGCUCUCAAUGUACCGAGAUCGUUUCCCUUAGCGGCAACACGCUCACCUGGUUCACUUCCUGGUCUUGGGAGGGAAUUUCGUAUGAUGUCAAGAGUUUCGCGAAUGCGGAGUAUACCAUUACCCCGAAGAAGUUGAGUGCCAUUUCGAGCAUUCCGACGACGUGGAAAUGGAGCUACACCGGCUCCAACAUCGUAGCCGACGUCGCUUACGACUUGUUCACCAGCUCCACCUCCAGCGGCAGCGCUCAGUACGAGAUCAUGGUCUGGCUCGCAGCUCUCGGCGGUGCAGGCCCCAUUUCUUCAUCCGGAUCGACAAUUGCAACUCCUACCAUCGGAGGAAUAUCCUGGAAACUCUACAGUGGACCCAACGGUGCUACCACUGUGUACAGCUUCGUCGCCAGCAGCGAGCAGACGAGCUACUCCGGUGACUUGCUUGCAUUUUUCAAGUACCUGGAGGAGUAUGAGGGACUUAGUUCAAGUCAAUAUUUGUUGUCUGUGCAGGCUGGUACUGAGCCUUUUACGGGAUCGGGGGCUGAGUUGUAUUCGACUUAUAGUGUCACUGUGGACUAA